AUGAUCUUGGUUGGAAAAACUUGUUGGCUACAUGUGACAUCCCCUGAUUUUGUCUUUGUCUCAUUAUCAGGGGGUAUUCAGGCUAUCGACGCUCACUGGUCUCAGAAGGUGGCUGAGGAAAAGGCCAACAGAGCACAAGAAAUGGUAAAUGAUUAUCAUGCCAAGGAACAGAAGGCUCUGGACCAAGUUGCCAAAUGUCAGAAUCAGUUGAAAAACCAAGAGAGUAAAAUUAAGACAACCCAGAAGAAUCUUGAAGAGAUGGAAAAGCGAAAAAAGCAGCUAACCGACUUCCACAAGGAUGUUCUGAAUCUGCAGGAGGCCCUCAGGCGCUGCUCUAACCUGGUGGGGACCCUGCAUUCGGAGGCAAAUGCGGUUCGGGUGACAAGCCAGUAUGUCUUCAUUUAUGAUGCCUUGAAGCCUCAAAUCGAUAGUAUCACUCAUCACAUGCGUCCGUUCCUGGAUGCGAAAAACCCCGAGCACCGGCUGCUGGACUGCCCCAAGAUCAGGCGAAGUAUCAAGAAAUUGCAAUUCUUCUCUGAGACCCCAAGUACUUUGGCCAGAAAUAUUUACACUCUUAAGGACAUGCUAUAUGACGAGGACGUCCGUAGGUACUUUGUCAUUGGUUUUGUCAUCCUGGCCUUGCUCUGGGCAACUGGCUUUUUGUACAAAUUCCUUCUGGUUAUUUUAAUUGGCUGUAUCGUUUUCUGUUGCCUAGCUUAGUAGAUCUCUGUUUAAGGAGCACCUCCCAUUCUGUGUGAUGA